CGGGAGGUUCUGAAGAGGGAAUGAGGCGGAAGUGAGGUGUACUAUGUGCUACUUUUAAAGAUGAAAAAGGGAAAGAAAAAAAACUAGAAACAAAAAAAUAAUACAUAUUUGUAUGGAAAAAAACGUGCCAGCAGAAUCAUAUAAUAGAAAAUAGGGGGGAAUGACUGUGCCACCUAGUCAGCAGUCACUGUCUGUUUUUUUGCUCCCUCAAGUUAUUCUCCCCGCAUUUAUAUAUUUCCCAAAGGGCUUAUUUCUUAUAAAGUUGUCAGAUUAUACUUUUUUUUACAUUUUUCUGAAAGACAUUUUCUUUCGAACUCUUAACUUGAAAUUCUUAGUCUUUAAUGACUUACUAAAACUAAUUGACUAAAAAACAUUCCAAAGCUCUAAAUUCUCUACAAGUCGUGAUUCCACCUUACCAUUUUAGUGAAAUCUUGCUUUAUCAAUCCUUUUUACUCAAUUCUCUAUUUUAUCCACACCCAAGUACAUAUAAUAAAAGAGGCUUAAACAUUGCUCUUUAAUUUUAUUUAAAAAAUAUUUUACUGAAGAAAAGGGCUUCUGACGAAACCGAUCCUUGACGAAACUUCUGUUACAUUUUUGCUUUUUGUUUAGUAGCACAUUUGAGUCUCAGGAGUAUUUCUUUUAUUCUACAGUUUUUAAGGUAUUUUUAUUUAAUUUUUUUAAGUAAAAGGUGCUAAAAUAAUGAACGUUGAAAUUGACUCAAUCGAAUUGACCGACCCCGUCCAGCACGAUAACGAUUCUAUGGCGAGUAAUCCAAAAAUUAAUCAUGAAAUGAAAGAUGGAACAAAAUCCACAGAUUUUGAGGAGACUGUUGACACUAAUGGAAUUUUACCAAAAUCGAGAUCUUGGAUUAAAUUAAAUGUUGGGGGAAAGUUAUUUAUGACGACAAUACAGACAUUGUGUCGUGAAAGUGGUUCUUUCCUCGCUCGUCUCUCACAAGAAGAUCGUUCAUUGCCAAGUGAGAAGGAUGAAUCUGGAUUUUAUUUAAUUGACCGUGAUUCUGAUUAUUUCUCUUCGGUGCUAAAUUAUCUUCGUCAUGGAAAAGUUAUUCUUGAUCAUGGACUUUCAGAAGAAGGUCUUCGCGAGGAGGCUGAAUUUUACAACUUGCCAAAAUUAAUAGCUCUCUGUAAGGAACGAAUUGCUGACCGUGAAAGACAACGGAAAUCAUUGACAAAACAUGUUUAUCGCGUCUUACAGUGUCAUGAAGAUGAAUUGACUAAUGUAAUCUCAGCAAUGUCCGAUGGUUGGAAAUUUGAACAGCUUGUUCCAAUAGGCCAAUCAUCACAUCCAAGUGAAUCUGGCCAACCAGAAUAUUUGUGUGUAGUUUCUCGAGAAUAUCCAGUUUCUGCUAAUGAUGGACAAAAUAACGAGGCUGUGUCUGAUCGAGCACAAUUUUUGCAAAUGAAAGCAAUGAAUGGUUAA